CUCUCGCGGCUUCCGGCUUCACAGAGCAGCUGCAGCAGCACGAGGACAUCAUCCUCAUCCUCAUCAUGGCUCCAGGAGGGAGAAUAAACAGACCCAAAACCGAACUGGCCAGGAACCUGUUCAAGAGACGGAGAGUUCUGAGUCUGGAGAAGAGGAAGAAGAGACGCAUCGUAGGAGCCGUGAUCGACAGAGACCUGAUCACCAGAAACCACCUGAAGAAGAGGAGCUCCAGCUCUAGAGCGAACAUCACUCUCUCGGGGAAGAAGCGCAGGAAACUGAUCAAGCAGCUGAAGCACAUGGAGCAGGAGAAAGACGCUGCUGCACAGAAACACACACAGGAGAAACACACACAGAAACCGGAGAAACACACACAGAAACUGGAGAAACACACACACACACACACACAGGAGCCUGCGCUGGAGACCAUGGAUGUGGAAUAACACUGAGUUUCUCAUGAUCGGACUCACGUCAUCCUUUCACUCGCUCACAUCACUGUGAAUUCAAGAUGUGUGUGUGUGUGUGUGUGUGGGGGGUUAGUUAUCAAUAUGAAUUUAUUGACCAAUUCAAGCAAAAUACUGUCCCAUGAUCCCCCAGAGUUCAUGCUAAUAUGCUGAUUAAGAGACAUUUCUGUUAUCAAUGUUGAUCAUAAGAAUAAAAUAGUUUACUAUAUUCA